CACAACAAAUAGUGCAUAGUGUUGGGCUUUUUGAGAGAAUACUUUUCAAUGUGUUUCACAGGAUCUCUUUGUUUUCUUAGUUUAGCAUGUUCUUCUAAUGAGGGGCUGCUGGGAACAGCUGAUGCAUCUGCCAAAUGACUUAAACGAGAUGGGCGUACUACUGUCCAGAUUGAACAACAGUUGCAGAGGAAACUCCAGAGAGCCUGUCAACACAUCCGAAACAGCGAGCAGCAUCUGUGACAGAGAGGUCACCAGCACGGACAGUGACCAUUCCUCCAUCAUACCUAAUCAGAACAAAGCGUGUGGGCCAGAGGGGAUGCUGGUUCCUGCUCCUCCAGUAACAGCGUAUGUGGAGAGAGGCUACAUCACCCCACAGCAAGUGUACAACCUGCUGAGCGCAGAGGAGGGCCAGCCUGCCCUGUAUGAUCCGUACUACAUCCUCAUCCUGGACUGUCGCAGCACAGAGAGGUACGAGGACAGCCACAUGGUGACAGCGCGGGCCGCUGUGACGGUGAUCCACCCUACGCUGGGCUGUCUGAUCAGCUGUAUAGAACUGCAGAAGUAUUCUAUAAUACUGCUGUAUGCAGAGGAGGGAUGCAGCCCAGUGGGCAGUGUGAAGGCCAGGACUGACUCCCCAGACCUCCUGCGCUGUUUCUUCCAGAUCAGUGGUUUGGGAAUGGACCCUGUCAUCCUGCUGGGGGGAUUUUCAGCCUUCCAGGCCCUCUACCCCUAUCUCUGCACACCACGCAUGGUCCUGCUGGAACCUGAGCGGCACACUCUCACCAUCUACCCCUCAGAGAUCCUGGAAGAAGCUCUCUACCAGGGCUCUGCCUCCCAGGCCUCUGACUACCGCAUCAUCAAGAAUCUACACAUCACACAUGUGGUCAACGCCACUGCCAGCUGCCCCGAUGCAUUCCCCAACAUGCUGUGCUACCUGAAGCUGUGUCUGAGCGAUGACGCCCAGCAGGACCUGGUGGAGGCACUGCCGCUGGCCUCCAGGUUCAUCAACUCGGCCCUGAUGGGUGAGCCUGCCGGCCGCGUUCUGGUCCACUGUAGCGUAGGCAGGAGUCGCAGCUCAGCAGUGACGCUGGCCUUCCUCAUGGAGCAUCGACGCUGGUCACUGCUUCAUGCCCUGCGCUGGUUGAAGGAGAGGAGGGCGUGCUCGGCACCUAACGUGAACUUCCUGCGUCAGCUGCUCACCUAUGAGGAGCUGCUGUUUGGGAGCAAACUCACCUCCCUGAACGACAUCUGCCGAUGAGUGGAGUAAGAAGGGGAAUGGAGAGGAGGACACACUGGACGAGUGGCCGAUUCAGAAUGUGGCUUAAUAGCUGGAAAAAUUUGGAUGGGCCUGAAUUUAUUUAAGCUCAAGAAUAAAACGUUAUGGGGAGAAAAAAACUGGCGGACUGGUAGUGAAUUUAAGUAUGCCUAGUACUCAUGUCAGAAAUACCACAGGCACAUUUAUCUUGUUAUUCUAUUAGGCACUGGUGUUAGUAUUACUUCUUACGCACUUUUUACAUGUUUAUUCCUGUUUUAUCUUAUGUUAUUGUACGGUAAUUUACCUUUUCUAUUUCAGUUGACUUAUUCUACUGAAUUCAUCUUACUCUUAUUGUUAUUCUAGUUUGCACUCGUGUUAUUAUUACUCCCUAUACACUUUAUAUUUAUGAAUCUGUUGUGUUGUUUUUUAUUAUAUUAUUGGGAUUUUUCAGCAAUCUCUGGCACAAGAAUUUCUUUGGGGAUUGAUAAAGUUCUCCUAUCUUGAAUCAAUGAACCAGUCAGAUGAAUGGCUAUCUCAUCUAAACAUGAAACAGAAAAUAAUAACAAAUAAUAUUUAGGGCUAUACUGAACAGUUCGAAGCUUGUGCAUAUUUUUUAAAUGUCUAUUUAUUGUGUUUAAACCGGGUAUUUCUGCACAGUUGCAGCGCCACCAAUAUUAUUGGUACUAUACUAUUUGUAGAAUUAGAUUACAGUGGUGACUGUGUAGGAUUGCUUCCGACUUGUUUCAUCCAAACAUUUCCAAUAACUCCGGAGCGCAGUAAAGUCCAAACGUCCAAAUUUAUUGAAAAAAGAUAGAUGUGAUCAUUUCCAAAAUUUACAGCAUGUUUUUAUGGAACAACAUAUUGUGCUUCAAUACAUACUUUGAUAUGUUUGCUCUCCCGUUUGUUACACAAAAAAGGGAAAAAAGAAACAUUCACUGACUGGACUUUUCCCCCCUGAAUUCUCUCAAAGCCGUGAUAGAAGUAUUUCCCCCACAAGUUUGACAUUAAUUUUGCUUCUCCAUCAAAUCCCUCACACAAUGUUACUUGUGCUAUACCUCAAUAAACACAUUAAUACUGGUGUUAAAUGUAAAACAGAGUAUAAUAUAAUCCCUUCUAUGACAUUUUGCUUGAUGAUAGUUGAUAGAAUGUAUACAUGGAUAAAGUGUAUCUGUAGUGUUUUACAUUAGAACGUUUUUUUUCUUCAAUUCUCCUACAUAAUGUGACGGUAUUAUGAUAUUCUGAGGCGGAAUUAUCCAUGCGGAAAAGUAUUUAAAAACAGAAUGGAGGCUUGCAAAUGGUCUUUGUUUAUCACAGACAUACACACUGUAGUGUUUACACAGGGCAUGCCAUUGAGAUUUGUUGUAUAUGCAGUCAACUUAACAGUCAGCCUCUCUCUGUUUCAUUCUCUCUCUCUCACACACACACACACACACACACACGCGCGCGCACACACUUAGCUCCACCCUGUUGAACUCAGUAGCAUGCAGCAGGAAUUCCCUCCCUCCAGUCACACUUUUUUUCGGUUGGGAGGAAGGAAUUUUCUGGAAUGUGGAAGAGGAAGAGGAAAGGCAGGUAAAAACGGUGAAAAAUAAUUAGUUUGGCCAAAUUAAACUGUUUAAAACUACAAAACAACAUGAGUUUGAAUGGGGCUAUUGAAUCUAUGGGCACACAGCACAUUCCUUGUCAAAGCGUUUUGUCAAUGAAAUAUGGUUUUCAAAAAAAGGGAUUUUUUUUUUUUAUUGAAUGACAUGGCCAAAGCAAAAAAAAGAAGGCACAUUGAAGUUUUGCAGCGGUUUCAACACGUGGCAGAAAGGUGACGUUAGCUUUUUACCAUUAAGACCCCAACUAGCCUAC